GAGAGAAGUGCGGUUGCAAAAAUUAUUAUACAUGAGAAGAGCACGCAACUCCUCGCAUCUACCUGCGCCGGCUGCAUUAUGCAUGAAAGUGCACUAGAAAAACAACCUGUUAUAGUGAACUAAAUCGUUGGCUGCGCUGGUAGGUCGGUCACUGCUUCCACGCUAGCGGCUGCGGCGGCGGCGACGCGGAGUCGCCGUGACGCGUCGGUCCCUCACACGCAUGCAAACUGGCGGCUACUCAACUCACUACUCAGUCACGCAGCAACCGGCGCCGUGAGUACCGAUGUUCCUCCGCCGCGUUUAAUCUACCGACGAAAUAAAAACAAACCGCACAAUGCCAAAUGAAUGAACAUCGGCAUCCGUAUGCAAUGGAACGUUUAACAAUAAUGAGAGUGCAGUGAGUUGGAUCGAUUCGGCAGUGUUGUUAAAAGUUUUGUACCUGCAGGCUGGCGGCAUGGAGGCAGUCUGCGAGCGCGGCGACGGCGCGUGCGCCGCGCGCGCUCUCUCCGCUGCGCUGCACGCGCUACACCUCUACUGCGCGACCAUCUCCGCUGCGCUCAUAUGCUGCUGCGCGAAGGCAUCACUACACAGGAGCCCCAAACGAUGGCGAGGCCAGAACGUGCGAGGUGCCGCAAGUUUGGUGCUGGGUGUUGCGAUGAUCCUUGGAGCAGCGGCCGCGGGGCUGAGGCCGGGCCUCGUGGUCCCGCUUACUGCUGCCCUCCUCGCCCCUCUAGCCUGGCUCUCCGCUGCGGCACUCCACGUGGCGCUCUGGACACGGCGAUCGGCAGCCUCCUUACUCUACCUCGCCAUAUACUGGCUCCUCACAGCAGUUUCCACGGCAGCUGUCAUAUGGCAACAACUCGAGACGGGACUCGCGCCAAACCAAAUAGAAAUCUAUAUCCAUGCAGUCACCUUGCUCAUGGCGAUAAUAAUGGCGGGAGUUGACUGCGUUUGUUUUUAUGACGAGGUUACAAAACGAUUUCAGAAUACUCAAAAAUCUUCAUCAGAUAUUUUAACCGACAUCAGUUACUUGCAUAACGACAGCCACUUUUAUUCGAAAAUAUCGUUUUAUUGGCUUAAUUCACUAUUGUACAAAGGAUAUGAAUCACCUUUGGAGCAAGAGGACUUAGGAGAACUCCCGGAGGACGAACGAUCAGUGAGACAUUACGAUAAGCUUAAGAAGAUUCAUGACAGUCAUAAGAACCCUAAAAUUGAAAGCAACCCUUCUAGUAUAUGGACGUGCUACAUUCGUAUGGUGUGGCCAAACUUUUAUAUAGCCGGAGUUCUGAAAUUGUUUAGCGAUUUAAUAGGCGUAGUGCCGCCUUUGGGACUGGCUGUGGUCAUUAAAUACAUACAAGACGCGAGACUAGAAUACAAUUUGGACGCUCCGGUGACCGUGGAAGAAUUUUUAAGUAAUGGAUAUAUAAUGCUCCUUAUAGUGACGUUGGCGCUGAUAAGCCAAGGCUUUCUAUCUCAAAACUCGACGCAUUUAGUGACAGUGGAAGGGACCCGGUUAAAAACGGCUUUACAAGGCAUGGUGUACGACAAGUGCAUGCGGCUGGCGCCGUGGUCGUCGCCCGACGGCACGGGUGAGGAGGCCCCUCUGCUCGCCCCGCCCGAGCCCAACACACAGACCGGGUAUCUCACCAACCUGGUCUCACAGGACACUUACAACGUCAUGUCUUGUGUCUGGAUCUGCCAUUAUACGUGGGCUAUACCGCUAAAGGUAGCUGUUAUUUUAUAUUUGUUGUACACAAAAUUGGGAGUAAGUGCAAUAAUUGGUUCAGCAGCUAGCAUUUUGUUUAUCACUCCUUUGCAAUUCUACUUAGGGAAGAGAAUAUAUGAUAAUUCUAAAGAAAUUGGGCGAUGUACUGACCACAGAAUGUCAAAGUUGACUGAGAUAUUGCAAGGGAUGCACGUAAUUAAACUUUACGUAUGGGAGGAUCUCUUUAACGAGAAAAUUCUUAACCUAAGAGAACUGGAACUAAAAUUUCUAAACAAGGAAUCAAUUUACUGGAGCUCUCUGACUUUUACAACCCAAGCUUCUACGAUAUUGGUAACAAUGAUAACCUUCACAGUGUACUAUUAUUUAGAUGACAGUAACACAUUCACAGCAGUCAACAUAUUCACUGGCCUAGCACUUUUCAAUCAGCUGUCCGUUCCGCUACUUAUCUUACCGGUGACCGUGCUCAUGGUCAUUCAGGCGAUGGUCAGCACGAACAGGAUAAAACGGUAUUUAGAUCUUCCGGAAUCAAAGAACAUCAGAGAAGACGACAAUGAAGCGGUUUGUCAAAGAAAAUCGACUGAUACAUUUAACGACGCUUUUGUUGAUGUCAAGCCAGACGAUAGUUUAACUGAAAACCCUGCUAAGGAUGAGGCCGAUGAUCUGAGUAGCGACCAGUUUUCAGACGAGGACAUGUUUAAUGUUGCAGAGGAUAAACAAGAAAUUCUAAUUAGAUUUAGAAAUGCAGGAUUCAGCUGGGGACCAAAGAAUGACAUUGCCUUAGAAGUUGACUAUUUAGACAUUCCUACUGGAAAACUCAUAAUGGUGGUUGGCGCCAGUGGAUCGGGGAAAACCUCUUUUCUCUCCUGCAUUCUAGGAGAGAUGUACUUUGACCGAGGUGAAGUCUGUCGGAGCGGAAAUUGUUCAACGUGGUUCGCGGGGCAGCCGCCGUGGCUGCUGGAAGGGUCGGUGCGAAACAACAUCGUGAUGGACAGCCCGUGGUGCCACAGCAAGUACUCGCGGAUCCUGCGCGCCACCGGCCUGGUACCGGACUUACAACUUUUGCCCGAAGGUGACGCGACUCAACUCGGCAGCCAGGGUUCGCCUCUAUCCGGGGGACAACGCGUACGUGUGAGCGUGGCUCGUGCUCUCUACUCAGGGGCCAGACUCUUAGCGCUGGACGAACCGCUGGGAGCGCUGGACGCAUCGCUGGCGAGACAUUUGGUCGCGCGGGCUCUCGUUCCCGCCGCGAGAGGAGGGGCCACUGUACUGCUAGCUACUAACCGGCUCGAGCUGCUGCAUUAUGCUGAUCUGAUUAUAGUGAUGGAAGACGGUCGUGUAGCUGGGUUUGGCCGGCCUACUGACAACGACCCGGCGAUAUCGCGCUGGGCGAGGCUGGCCGGGGAAGCGCGAGCGGCAGCGGCGCGUGGAGGCGCCGGGCCUCCGGGGGGCACGGCGCGGGAACGCACCAGGCUCGUGCGGGCACUCAGCCGCGCGAGAUUCAACAGGAGCUUGUCGGAGGAUACUACUAUAGGGGUGGGUAUCAGCGAAGCGGCGGGGGCGCACCUGCUGGCCGAGGUCCCCACAUGUGCCGGUGGCAGCUGGCGGCGGGCCACGAUCCGGCAGCGACCGGCGCUGUCGCGGCAGUUCUCGUCUCCUCCUCCUUCUGUGCAUAAUUACAAGUGGCGAAGAGAAGUGCGCCGAGCCGUCAGCGCAGACGAAUCAAAUGCGGGGUUACGUCGAGAGGCCAGUCUGCUGAGGCGACUGCUGAGAAGGCCACGACCACACCGGACACUCGGAAGAUGGACACCAAGAACUCUUCGCCGGCUAAUAAGUUCCGAUUCAGAAAGUGCACCUGAAGAAACUCAAGCAAACGGGACAGCAAAUGAAACGGCUCUUGAAACUUCCUGCUUUUCGACGGGCACUAACGGAGUCGAUGUCGCACUAGCUAUGCCUGACAAGCCUGCUGUGAACAAAGAGGAAGAACGAGAAACUGUUAGCGAGUGUACGAUCUGGUGGGCCUACGGCCGCGCGUGCGGCUGGUGGGGCGCGGCGUACUGCGCGGCGGCGGCGGCGGCGCAGGGGCUCGCGCUCGCCGCCGACUGCUGGCUCGGCUACACCGCCGCUGGCAACGCGCAGGCGCCCUUUACGGACGAACAGAUGUGGGAGUCAGUGCGCAACUACGUCCUGGUGUGUUGCGCGGGUUUAUGCUGCGCAGGCGGCGCACAAGCGGCAUGCGCGCUGGCGGGCGCUCGCGCGCGACGCACGCUGCACGAGCGCCUGCUGCACGCCGCUCUGCACCAGCCGCCGCUGCAGCAGGCGCCCGGCGCCGCGCUCAUGCGGUUUGGUGCGGAUAUCGCGGUCAUAGACAAGAAAUUGCCCAUUGCUGUGAGCAGAUGGGCACAGCUAGGGUUGUUGUGCGGGGCCGCACUACUAGUCAACGCGGUCACCGCGCCGUGGACGCUGCUCGCACUGCUGCCCGCCUGCCUCGUCUAUCUGUGGCUGCAGUCGGUAUAUUUACACAACGCGAGAGAACUCCAACGUAGCGAAGCAUACAGCGCAGCAGGGGUGGUGUCCCUAGCGGCGCAGACGCUUGCCGGAGGCGGGACAGUGCGCGCGGGCCGCUUACAACCUCGCCUGCGUGCCGCCUUCCUCAAGCGGCUCGACCGCAACCAUAACGCCCUUCUACUACACAACUCGGCUAUACGUUGGCUGGGGCUGACGCUGGAUCUUGUGGGAGCCGCAGCAGUUUGCGUCUCGCUUGGCGUAGCGUUGUACGGCGGCAGUGCAGUGGCAGCAGGGCUGGCUGGUGCCUACUCUCUGCUGCUGCCAGCGUUCCUCGCUCAUCUGGCCAAGUGCCGCGCAGACUUGGAUCUUCAACUAGCGGCCGUUGAACGCGUCCGCGCGCAUACUGCUGUACCGCAGGAAGAUUAUCGGGAAGACUGUCCAAUACCGACGGGUUGGAAACGAGAUGGCAAGAUUGAGUUUGAAAACGUGACCGUCCAAGGUCAAGAGCCGGGCACGCUUCCAAUACUUCACGACAUCAAUAUUUCUAUAAAUCCCAGGGAAAAGGUCGCGAUAUGCGGUCGCAGUGGCAGUGGCAAGUCCACUCUUCUAUUGUCCUGCGUCGGCGGGACCACCAUCACCAGCGGCCGCGUCCUUAUCGAUGGAAUCGAUGCGACGCGCGUGCCGUUGCGCACACUUCGACAUCGAAUAGUCGUUCUACCACAGGAGGCUAUUAUGUUCUCUGGCACGUUACGCGAGAAUUUGGAUCCUCUCGCCGUUCAUACGGAUGAAGAAAUAUGGCACAGCAUCAGAGCGGUCGGACUCUUUGACUUCGUUACAUGUCAACCAGCUGGUUUAGAAUGUUCUGUGGGUAAAACUCGGUGCGGCUGGAGCGACGGUCGGGCAGCGCGUGCUAGCGCCGCGAGAGCGCUGUUGCACGCGCGGCUGGCCAGCGCGUUGCUGCUGGACGAGCCGGGCGCCGCGCUGGACGCGCCUGCCGAAAGGAGCCUGCUGGCCAGCAUAGCGAACGCCGUACCUGACACUACAAUCAUCACAGUUGCGCAUCGCGUUUCAUCGGUGCGUGGCUACGACUGCGGAGUGGUGCUGGAAGCGGGCCGCACGGCCGAGCAGGGCGCGCUGCCGGCGCUGCUCGCGCGGCCCGGCUCGCGCCUGGCGGGCAUGCUCGCGCAGCCACACGCCUAACAACUCUGUCAAGAGCAGCUACGAUUCUUAAAGGAUCCCGAUUAAAUAGUUAAUUUUUUUAGUAUUUUUUACCUAAUACUAAGUACGUGCCUGACCGACCCAACGAAAUACAACGCUGAUACUUGUUCUAAAUAAGCUGGUCUCGCUGGUUCGCUAUGUAUCUUCAAAGAAAAAGAACCAACCACCCAGAACAAGGAAGCAAAGCGGAAUUCCAAAAAAAAGGCGAAGUAACACACAUAAGCACAGCAAAUGACCUAACCAGUAACCACGGAUAUAAAAGAAUGAACUCGACUUCACAGUUGUAUCCUAGAUCGUAACCCAAAACGUGUGACCCAUAAAAAAAUGGUAACACUAGUAAGUCAACGCAAAGACUGUAAAAUAUAGAUAGUUAGAAAUUGAUGACAACAAUGGCAAACAGCUAAUUUAGACAUAAGUAAAACAAAAUCAUUGCAUUUGACUGCAAGCACUCGGGAAAUACCUAACAGUUUAUUUAGAUAGGACAGUUUACUGUAAUCCUUGAAUUAUUUUCAAGGAUUACAGUCUAUAACAUUCCGAGAAGACAAGAUUUUUAUUGACAUCUGGUAAUGAUUCAGCCAUUUUAUCUGUUAAAUUAUUGUUUGAUAGUUAAUUGUAAGUAAACUUCUUAAUGUACUGCAACGAUGAAUACUUGCAAUUGUAUCUGAUUAGGUUUACAAAGCAAAUUAUGCUUUUGUAAUUAAAUUAUAAUUAGGUACCUACCUUACAUUUAUUUUAUCUGCACUCUAUUUAUUACAUAGAUGAAGAUCAUGAUACAGUACCUGGGUUACUGUAUUAAGUACCUAUUUGCUUUAAAGGAACUGUACCUAUAUUUUAACACGAAAUGAAUGAUAAUUGUUGUAGUUUAUACAUUAGUGAUAGCAUUUUUAUUGAAAUGCUCAGUGUGUACCAAAUAGUAUGGAAUUGUAAAUAAUGGUGACUAAUACUCGAAUGCAGAAUGAGUUGUUGGAGUGUGAGUGGGGAUUAAAUGAUCAAAACAUGUAGUGGUUUUGUUUCCAAACUGUAUUCCAAUAGAACAGCGAUUGCACAUUCCUCGUUAAAGCUCGCGGCGCGGGCGCCCUCAGAGACAACGAUACAUCAUAAAAUUAUAUCACUACAUAACAAAUUACAACAAUAUAUUUACGUUGGCACCGAUUUAUAUAUAUAAAUAUAAAACAUUUGUGUAACCACACAAUCCAUAUAAAAAUAUUUACUUAAAGUAGGCACUUACGUAAAUAUACUUACAAUUUAGUCUAAAUAAAUCUCGACAUCAUUAAA